CAUGCAGCUUUGUUUGUGUGUGGUUUUAUUUAUUCUUACUGGAGUUUCUCGAAAUUGCCAGAACUUUUAGUUUAAUAUCCAGAGGAUGAUGGGUUACAGUAAUCGCUCCAGCGUGCUGAAUUUAGCAACACGUUUACUCUGACAGAGGAAGCAGGAGUGCAUUUUAAUCUUAUUACCGCAUUGGUGACAUGUGAGCAGAGAUUUGAUGAGAUUACACUCAAGACUAAACUCUCUCUCUCUCUCACACACACACACACACACACUUUAGCGUAACAGUUUAGCAGAAUUACACGUCUCAUCGAUUGUAUCUGCAUAAUGAAAACAAGGAAGAAGCGAUGAUUGUGUGAUUAACACCGUCCUCCUAUCAGCAACCUUGACUUUACCAUGUGAGCGCAAAAUCCAGUUGUGGGAACAAGAGCUAAUCGCUAGUCAUUUAAAGCUUUCAAAACACAGCGUGCUACCAGUCGCAGCUAUGGCCGUAGCCGCAGUGGAGUUGAUGGGCUUCUUUUUGGGCCUCCUGGGUAUGAUUGGCAACUUGGUGGCCACCCUGCUGCCCUCCUGGGAAAUCUCGGCCCACAUCGGGCCCAACAUUGUCACGGCCGUGACGAACAUGAAGGGUCUGUGGAUGGCAUGCGUUCACCAGAGCACCGGAGCCUUCCAGUGUGAGACCUACAACACCAUCCUCGGCUUGUCCACCGACCUGCAGGUGGCCCGAGCCAUGAUGGUCAUCUCCAUUAUCUUUUCUGUCCUAGCCUGCGCAGUGUCCAGCGUCGGGAUGCAGUGCACUGUGUGCAUGGAUGGCUCGUCGGCAAAGACGAAAACAGCUGGAGCCGGAGGAUUUAUUUUUUUAACAGCUGGCCUUCUGUCGCUCAUUCCUGUUUGCUGGAAGACCAACGAAGUAGUCCAGACCUUCUACCAUUACAACCUACCUGACAGUCUGAAGUUCGAGAUUGGGGACUGCUUGUAUGUCGGGAUCGCCUCGUCUCUCGUGUCUUUGCUAGGCGGAGGGCUGCUAAGCAUGUCCUGCUGGAGUGACCUAGAUGCACGGCAAGGGUUCAGACGAGGUUACCCGUACCCUGAACGCCUGGCGAAACACAGUGCGGCCCGUGGUGCCUCAUAUUCGAUGCCUUUCCACCCUUCAGCCACUCUGCAGAGUGCAAUGAACAUGAAUCCCACCAACAGAACCCAGACCAUGGUCAGCCAGAUCAGUAGCAGCAGCCACUCCACCACUGGCGUCCGAGACUCCAGGAAACCGGCACACCAGAAAACCACAGCUAGCUACGACGUUACCGGGUACGUCUGAAGACUUCACCAUGAACUUGAAAAGACUGAACUGAUAAAAUUCGACCCCGGAUACUUCUUGAGUUCACAUUUUUUUGAGUAUUUUUUUUCCUGCUGAGAGAACGAUUUCAGUAACAGCAGGGCAUGCCUGUAAGUGAAACAAAUCAAUACCCGGUCAAUGGACCACUGGUGCCUUGCAAAAGCUAUAUGAAAGCUCUGUAUAAACAUGAAGAGCUAAUGUUUCACAGUGAUGGUUUAAUAUGACUGUAAAAGCAUACUUAAGGACUAACUCUUAAAUCCAGUGUUAUUCAAUUUGAAUGGUUACAGUUUUGACACAUGGACAGGUUUGUGCUCGAAUUUUCUUCUUAAAUGACAGAAAACUGUAAACUAAUGAUAUAAAUGAUGCAUGUUAGAUUAGUUCAUGGAGCAUGGCCAAGUGGCCUGUGAUUUUUUGUAAGUUUUUUUUUUAUUACAUUGUUGGAAAUCACAACCCAAGAGGUAAGGUUUAAUCAAAACCUUGAAUCGUAUAUCAGAUGACAAGUUGAACAUAUCACCAUUUAGAGUUAUACAGGGCCAAACCGGACACUCAGGUCUUCUAAAAUGUCUAAAUAACCCUUAACUAAGAGCAGCCCCUCACCCUAUCUGUAUGUUUGGCUCAAGUCAAUGAUUUACCACAGUAGCAACACUGCACUGGAAUCAACUCAAUUGAUUUUGGCUCAGUGAUUCUGUGAGAAAUUCGGUUUAUUUUCCUGCAUCAGUGUGACAACAGACACGUUCCAGACUAGGUGUUUUAUAGGCAUUUGGAGAUUUUGGGAUAGAUGCUGCCUUCAAAUCUGAAGAAGAAGAAGAAGAAGCAUAUUUGUUGCAUAUAUGUUACAGCAAGAUUCCCAGCUUGGGCGCAGUGGUAGCUCAAGUGUUUAAGGCUCUGGGUCAUUGACUGGAAGAUUGGGGUUCAAGCCCCAGCACCAACAAGCUACCACCGUUGGACACUUGAGCAAGGCCCCUAACCCACCUUUCUCCAGGGGCCCUGCAGCCUGGCUGACCCCAACCCCCAAGGAUGGAAUAAGCAAAGAAAGAAUUUCACUGUAAUGCAUAUGUGACAAAUAAAGACAAGUUAACUUAACUUGAUAAGAAGCUGAAGUCAGAGCACAGGGACAGCCAUGAUGC